UAUCAAACCACCGGAUACAGUGACGAAAUUUUCCUGUCCUGAAAAAUUUAUAAAAGUGUUAACAUCUUGAUCAUAAUUAGUACGAAUAUCACAAUGAUCGCUGUUGUAACGUUUUUGUUGUUUUUCGUACACUUUAGUGAAAAUGCGGUGUAUGUUGGAAAUAUACACGAACUGCACAAUGAUGUAAAUAAUUUAAAAUUCACAAAAUUAUUAAAUGCAAAAUUGGAAAAUAGACCGGAUCCAUGGAAAACAGAUAUAAAUAGUUUAAUUCAACCAGAAAACGAGGAGAAUAAUAUUGCUUAUUUAGGUAAAACGGACAACUACGUUGAAAUUCCUAUUAAGUUUUCGUUCGCUGUUGACAAGGAGAAAGACAGAAAUGACGGUAAUAAAAAUUUUAUCUUGAACAUGUUUAGAGGAUGUGACGCCUUGGUUGGUACAAGCAAAAUACAAUUAUGUCGCCUUGACAAGGCCCAGGAGAGUUUAGAUAUCAAAAAAACUUAUCCAAGAAGCUGCAGAGAAAUUCUAGAAAGUGGUAUCAACAAAUCUGGAAUAUAUGAAAUUAAACCCAGGACUAGCAGUAAACCGUUUUCUGUUCUUUGUGAUAUGGAAACCAAAGGAGGAGGUUGGACUCAUAUCCAAAAGAGAUUUGACGGUUCUCAAGAUUUCUAUUUAGGUUGGAGAGAUUACAAGUUUGGUUUUGGUGAUUUAAAUGGAGAGUUCUGGAUGGGACUUGAAAAUAUAUAUCAUAUGACUGCUUUUGAGACAAAUGAAUUGUUAAUAGAAUUGACUGAUAGAGAUAAGAAAAAUGCAUAUGCACAAUAUACGUCGUUUUCAAUUGGUCCUGAAAAAGAUGGGUAUCCUUUAAAUGUGCUUAAAGGAUUUUCUGGUGAUGCUGGAGAUGCUUUAACACCUCAUCUGAAUGCCAAAUUUACUACUCAUGAUGUCGACCAGGACACCAAUCCAGGAAACUGUGCACAAAUGUACAACGGUGCUUGGUGGUAUACAAGUUGCCACGCAAGUAACUUAAAUGGAAAAUACAUGAAUAUUGCACUUUCGGACGCCUAUAAACACCACGGCCUUAAUUGGUCUGGAUUCAGGGGCCACGAAUACAAUUUGGCUGGUUCUAGGAUACUAAUACGGCCCAUAGGAGCAUAGAAAUUGUGAACGAUGAUACAAUAAGUAACUAUAGUAUACAAUCUAAAAUUUAAAAUGUAUUAAUAAAUUUAAAUAAUAAAUAACUCCAACAGA